AUGGCCGAAAGACGGCAUGCAACAUCAAGCAGCACACACAGCCACCGCAGUACCGGCGUGCGACGCAACCUCUUCCACCACCAACUCAGCCGGCGCCCCACCACCUCGUCAACCUCUACUUCCGCUGAGACCGUCAGACUAGAUGUCGAACACGAAUCAGAUACAUCGGAUAUCGUAAUAAGGGAUAAGAAUGGGGAGUUCGAGAUUGGAGAUCCGCCGAUGCAGUCAUUUGAUGAGCAGGAGGAGGGAGGAAAUGAUGAUACACAUGAGGAUCAGAGUAAGAAGCAAUCACAUUCCAGAAGGCGACCAAGUGCUGAUGGCGGAGAAGAGGAGAGGCAGCGGUUAGCAGAUGCUGUGAAGCAUCAUCAGCGGGAUAGAAACCGUGCCCCUAGUGAGCCGGCGGAGUUACUCGAAGCCGUAAGGUCUAGCCUCCGAACGAAAGUCGCAGCGUUAGCAGACGAUAAUUGGAUGCACGAAGCAGAAGCAGAUCCUACUAUUCGGUAG